ACGCCAACGCCCACCUCCUACUCUUCACCUCCAUAUUUGCAGACUCCGGAUUACGGCAGCACCGAUCAAGAUGUGCGGCCCCGACAACUCGACCAAGCCGCGGGGUGGGGCGCUUGUGGUUCUCAGAAACGCCAUGGCGCCGGAGGCAACAGACGGCUGCGCAUGGUCCGGGGAGCUCAACUUCCACACUCCAGGCCAGCCGGAAAGCAGCAUCGCGACCCACGUGAGGGUCACGGCGGGGGACGACAGCAGCCUGGACGCACUGUCGAAGGCCGUUGUGCUCAUCCACCAAUCCGGGGAUUUGUCGAUGCCGGCUCGGGAGUGCGGCUUGCUCCGAACAUUCGUUUUGGAGCAUGCGGCGGAGCUCGGUAACGGUUCUGCGAUGGAGCUCGAGCUGGCGACGCCGAUGUCCAUCCAGGUCGGAGAUGACGGCAUCAUCGGGAGAAGGGUUAGCAUUCUCGGGCAGGCAGCAGACUGGGGGGUCGAGACAUUGGGCGCAUCGAUGGCGGAAGGAAUUGUUGGAUUCAACUUUAUGUCCUCUUCGAGGGAGACGAGCCCGGACUCUUUGUAACCCGCGGUAUGGCUCAAUGAAAGUGCCUCGUUGGUGCCACUCUCUUCAAUCUUGCUGGUAUGGAUUUCGAGUGUCGACGAAAAAAAAACACAGUGCACAUACCUGGGCGUUGUGCUUAGUGGACCCUUAGGCCCACAAUUUUCUAAUGCCAGGUAUAUUACCCCUUUGGGAAGGUAAACCCUUUCAGCGAUGUCAAGACAUAACCAGCUCCACACAAAUAUCGAGCACGCGACAGUUUACACGG